GUUCGAUCAAUUGAAAUAUUCAUAUUUUUGUCAAAUUAAAAGAUCAACUUACAUCAUAUCAGAGCUUUCAAUCAUCACGGCAGCUGAGACCCCUGACUCCUCUUUGGCACCAUGCACCAAGACAACCAUUAGUAGUGUACCAACAGGGCUCAGCAAAUCUGAAAAUUCGUCGACCUUAAGCGCUUCUUCACAAUUAACAAUUUCACCCGUUCAUAAUUCUAGUACUACAGAAACGCAAGCCACGUCAUUGCGAGAAUUAUCUACCUCGACAUCGAAAUCUGCAUCAUCUAGCCCUACAUUAGACAUCAAAUCGUCAAGCUUUAUUUCCUCGGCAUCGCCGUCGACUUCAGAUUCUCCAGGUUCCUCGAAGGCCUCUGUCUCUUCAAUUUCGCAAUCGAGUAACUCAACUUCCAUAACCAUAUCUCCCACCUCGAUAUCUACACCGAUAUGCGAUUCCGGGAGCAAUAAAUUUAUGAGCCAGGAUGACAUGAUGAAUCAAAUUGGCUCAUUCUGCAAAGAAGCUGCUGUCCAAGGCACACAAGAUAAAGAUAGCGGCUCAAUAUUCCGUACCUACCAUCAAGGCGGACGCUAUGAGGUCGAUUUGGCAAUCGACUGGCCACCGGGCAUGGAUAUCAAACACGACAUCGGGAUCCAUUGUUCUAACAACAUGUCUAAAAUAAUGGAUUUCUGUGAUUCAGGUGCUGUCAAAACUCCAUCAGAUUGGAAAACCGGUGGUAAAAUUCAAGUAAACUCAGUCACAUACAGAAUUACUCCUCAAAUUGAGCAGAAUUACACAGCAGGAAAAUGUUGGUUUCAUCUCGAAGAAUUUCAAACAUUUUCUGGACCAAAAAAUGAUCAGGUUAUCUUCGAAGUGCAAAUAAAGAACGUAACAGAUGGUUCCGGAAAAAACAUCCCUAUUAUAGGGACUGAAGAUAAUGACACGCAAAGUAUUAAGCAGGUUGCCGGGGAUGGAAAUCCUUACGUUUUCAAUACAACACUACCUUUUCCUCUUGUAAUUACCCCGGAGUUUGAUGGUAAUCCAUCUAAUUACAUUCAAUUUGUAUAUGGAAGCCAGUCUUGGACUACAAGCGUUGAUUCUGGAAUGCCAUACUGUACUGUUGGCGGUUGGGAUAUUCCUGGGACUUCUUUGGGUGCAGUUUCGAAUCGUAACAUGGAUUGUUUCUUCUAUUGUUAAAAAGGAGGUAUGUGUAUCACUAUCUUUGAGUGUUUUUAGUCUUUGAAUUUAUUAUCAGUUUACAUGAUACAUGGAGUGGCAGAUUUGAAAGUCGUGCGAAACAGUCGCAAAAAGUCAGGAUGGCAGAGAUUGCUUUAUGUGGCCAAAUUUUUAUCUGUCGGAGUUAUCCUCAAAUCGAGGAAUGAAUACAGAGUCUAGCAGCCUAUGUAUAGCAACGACGAAAAAUAUCUCACA